AGUUACAUUCAUUCGUUUUGUUUUGGUGCUGUUGUUGAAAUUCAUGAUACGAAUGAAACUCAACGUGGUAUUAUUGUUGAAAUAAACUCUGAUAGCGAAGAUUUAAAUACAAAACCAUUUCGUAUUCAAUUAAUUGAAACUAAUGAAAUAAAGUCAUUUGGAAUUGAUCAAUUAAAACUUGAAAUUGAUGUUCCACCGCCGAAUCUUCUUGAUUUACCAACUGAAAAUGAAUUCAUUGGUUUACUUUUUGAUUCACUUGUUGAUUUUAUACAAACAGAUGAUUCAAACGUGAACAGAUUAUUAUUAUUACAAUUGAAACGUCAAUCAAUAUGUGUUCUCUAUCGAUUAUUAAAUCAUAAAAAACUUGUUGAUAUUUUCCUACAGAAACCUUAUGUUUCUGUAAUUGCUCAAUUAUCAGUAUCAGCUUUAGAAUUUAAAACUCAACAACAAUCAAUUGAUUUACAUACAUUAAAUAAAUAUCAAUUAGAAGAAUAUUGUUUAAGUUUAGAUCGUUGUAAGACAUUUACACAACCUUCAACUGAUGAUUAUGUCAUUUGGACAAAGAUUCCAUUUAAAUUAGAUUUAUUUACAAUGUCAAAACGUAAUUUAAAUCUUUUUAAAAAAGGUCGACAUGGUAAAGAUGAAAUUAAAAUGAGAGAAUUUACAUCACAAUUAAGAGGAAGCUGGUUUCAAGAAGAAUGUGGUGUCAUACAUCAAUUUCCAGGUCGAAUACAUUUAGUGUCAAACAAUGCAAAUUCUUUAUCAGCCACAUUUGUCAUUGAAGAUUUACAAUUAACUGAAGGUAAUUGGUAUUUUUGUGUUCGAUUAUUAGAAUCGACAUCGGCAAAUAUUGGAUGGGCAACGCAAGGUUUUACAACGAAUAAUGACGUUCAUCUAGGUCAUGAUCAAUAUUCUUGGUCGUACAAUGGUUCAGAAGGACUUAUUUAUAAUGGUGAACUAUAUCCAUUUGCAUUUGACCAGUUUCGUUGGAGUGCAAAUGAUGUUUGUGGUUGUGGAAUUGAAAUUCAUGAUGAUUCUAUAAAAAUUAAUUAUUGGUUAAAUGGAUGUUUUCUUGGAACAGCAUUUGCACAUAAUUUACCAUUUCCUUCAUCGACAAGUGUUUGUAAUAUGUUACCCAAUGAUGUUCGUACAGGUUAUUUUCCUGCUGUAACUUUAAAUGUAAAUGAAACUUCAGUUUUAAGUAGUUGUGAAUUUAUAUUUCAUCCAAUGGAUAUGUUUGAGUGUCCAUUACCGAUUGGUUAUAAACCAUUGAUGAUUCCUAAUCUUGUUGAUUUCGAUGAUCUACUUGUUCCUUAUCCAUUUAAUGCCUAUUUAAUUAGUCAUAGUAGUGAAGAUAAUUUUGAAAAUAAAAAUUCAACAACAAAGUUUUUACGUGAUUUUAUUAAUAAUAAUCAUUUAGAAAAUAAAUUUGAAUUUGAUAAUGACUAUUAUUUGUUUCUACCAGAGCAAAGCCAAGGUUUUUCAUUAAUUAUCAAUAAUAAUGAAUCUACAACGAUUAGUUUUGAUUUUUCAUUACCAAAAAUGCCUAAUAAUUGUCAUGAUAUUCUAUUAUUAACAUUCAAUACAGACUCAAUACGAAUACCAAUUAAUAAAAUAGUUAAUCCAACACAAAUUGCAAUAAUAUUUGAAAUCAAUCAACAAAAAUUAAAAGUCUAUAUUAAUAAUGAACUUCGAAUGGUCAAGUGUUCCAUUGUUGAAAAAUUCACCGUUUAUAUUUUACCAAGGAUUUCAGUUCGAAUUCAAAAUGUUGCUAUUUGGAAAUAUGCAUUGUCUAAUGAACAUAUUCAACGUUUAUUUACUUCUGGUUUAUCAUAUAUUGUAAAUGAUUAUCAUCAAAUAAGAAACUAUCGAAAAUCUAUAAAUAGUUUUACAUUUAAUGGAAAUAAUUUUGAAAAUGAUUUUAUUAAUGUAGUAAAUGAUAAUGAAUAUCUUCAAUUAUUUGGAAAUAAAUCUCAUCUUAUAUUAUCAAAAUCAAAUGAUUCAUGGUCAGAAUAUACAUUUAUAUUCGAUGUUAUUAUUCAUUCUCUACCGAUAACAAUAAUAGGAUUAAAUGCACAAACAAAAAUUUCAAUAACAUCGGAUGGUCAAAUUAGUUUAAUAAUAAAUAAUGAAAAUUCAAUUCAAAGUGAAUCGAAAUUAAAAUUAAAUGAAUCUAUUCGAUUAGUGAUUUGUGUUCAUCAUAAAUCUAUUCGAAUCUAUGCAAAUGGUUUAUUAAUACUUGAUAAUAGCCUAGAAACUCAAUUUUUAACUAUCACAGAUAAAGAAAUUGAAAUAUUUAAAGAAUCCGAUUCUAAAGAUACAAUUCGAAUUGAAUGUAAAUCAAUAACAUAUCUAAAUAAAACUCUAAAUGAAAUUGAUGAAAAAUUUACUUCAUCAAAUCCUUCGUUAGAAAAUCUUAUUGAAUUACCUUACUCAAUUAUUUCACCAAGUUUAAUACGUAUUGGAUAUAGCGAAGCAGCUAUUAAACUUGCUAUGAAACUAAAGAAAAUGAAUAGCAUAGAAAAUGUUGCUAGGAUAUUACACGAGAAAAAAUGUGGUACAACUAUUUUAUCAAAACUUGGAUUUAUAAUAAAUCAUGAAAAAUUAAAAGAUUUCAGCGAAUUUUCGCAAUAUAAUUCUGAAGAAUGUUUAACAGAACUUGUUGAAAUACUAUUGCUACAUUGGAAUAAUAUUGUAACAGAACCAAUAACUUUAUCGAGUCAAAAUUGGUUUCAAGAAGCUGUUCAAUAUUUAAAUAUGAAUAGUAAUCUGACUGAAUGGCUUCAAGAUGAAUCAACAACAAAAAUUGAACAACAAAAUGAUCUAACUUAUCAAAUUCUUGAUUUAGAUCAAGAAUCUAGUCAAGAAGAACUUAAAUCUGAUUCUAAUAUUGAUUAUUUACAUCAGAAUAUCACAGAAGAAAAAUAUAUUGAAUAUCGUAUUGCAUGUGAAUAUAGUUUAAUAUCGAUUUAUGCACAUUAUCUUAUAUUAAAUAUGUUAAAAAUUUUCUCUUAUGAUGGUUCAUGUUUAUUUCCAUUAGAAAAAUUAGGUGAUUGUACAUUUAUUAUAAAAUUAUUACGUCUAUUAGAUUAUCAUUAUCGAUAUAAACGCUUACAUACAGAUGAAACAGUUGAUCGUAUGAGUUUAUUAAUAAGUUCAAUUCUUAAAAUUGAAUUAAAUGCAUUACUUUCAUCAACAACACGUAGUCAUAUGGAUAUGAAACGUGAUAUUCUACAAAUCAAAGCUCCACUACUUUAUCAUUUACAAAAAGAUAUUGUAAUUCAAUCCAUAAAUUUCUUAAAUAAUCCAUCAUUAUUAUCAUCAUCCGAAUUAAAUAAUGAACAUAAUGUUAAUAAACCAAAUUUUGAAUUUAUUCUAAAAUCAAUUCAUUUAUUGAUUAAAUUAAUAUCAGAAAAAUCCAUACAUAAGCAUAAACAUACUGAUUUGUUGAUCUCAUUCUUAUUUCCUGAAUGUCUAAUUCAUAGUUUAUUCAAUUUAUUUCUGAUUCAUCCAAAACAUGAAAAUAAAAUUCAUAUUCUUCGUAUAUUUUCGACUCUUAUUCAAAUGAGUCAACAUUUUCAAUUAAAUCUAUCUAUUCAAUCAUUUCUAUUUCAUUUAUUUCUUGAAUUACCACCAAAUUCAACAUUAUUAAAUAGUCAAAUUAUGCGAACAUUUCAUAUAUCUCUUAUGGAUUGUAUCUUUCUCUUAAUAGAAAAAAACUCAAUCAAUGAAAUCAAUAAAUUAUAUAAAUUACCAAAAAAUUUCUAUGAUCUUCUCAUGAUUAUCGAUGUUAUUAAUGCAUUACUUGAUAAAACUCAACGAACAUUAUUUCCUGAUAGUUUUCUUAUGGAAUCAAUUAAUCUAUUAGGUGAUGUUUUUCAAUUAAGAAAAGAGGAUGUUGAACAAUCAAAUAACUAUUUCGAUACAUUAUCAGAUUCACAAUUGAUUCAUUUCAUGAAUAAUAAUGAACUAUUAAACGCAUCCUUUACUGAAUUUAUAGUCAGUUUACCAACAGAAUCUACACCAAAUUCAUCCUAUUAUAAAACAUAUCCAUCUCUUUGGCAUAUACCAGCUAUUUCUAUACAUAUUCGCAGUAGAACUAUCUACGCAUUUAAUCUUCUCUUUGAUCGAAUAUUACCUCUUAUUGAUUUAAGUCUAUUCCCUAGACAAAGUAUAAUUAUGGAUAAAAUUCAAAAAGUAAAAUCCUAUAUAUUAUACAAUACAAAAUCGAAAUUAUUCAAUUCAACACUACAGAUGACAUUGUUAACAACAACAAGUUCUAUUCCAACAGUUAAUUUUGACACCAUUAAAAUUAGUUCAACUGACGAGACAAUGUUUUUGCAAGCAUUCAAACAAUUGUAUCAAAAUGCACAUACUACAUUUCGACAAGAACAUGAACAAGUAUGGCGUGCACAAUAUCUUGGUAUGCAUAGUACAGAUCAAGGUGGACCUUUUCGAGAUUCUGUGACAUGUAUUUGUUCCGAUGUAUGUAGUACACGUUUAUCAUUAUUUAUUUUAUGUCCAAAUGGACGAACAAAUAUUGGUUUAAAUAAUGAUCGUUGGAUACCAAAUACUUAUCCGCCGAAUGCAUCUAUACCUAUUCGUAUUAAACAACAAUAUCAAUUUAUUGGACAAUUAAUGGGUAUGGCUAUACGACAAAAACAUUAUUUAAAUUUAAAAUUGCCAAGUUUAUUAUGGAAACAAUUAGUUCGAGAACAGAUAACAAUGGAGGAUAUUGAAAAUAUCGAUAUACAAAGUUUUAAAAUUAUUAAUGAAAUGGAAAAAUCAAUUAAUCAGAAUAAUUCAUCAAUUGAUAAUAAUGAAUCACUUAAUAAUAUGUUAGAUGAAUUACGAUAUGAAGUUGUUAGUUCAAAUGGACAAACGUAUGAACUUGUUCCAAAUGGCAAAAAUAUCCCAAUAACAAUAGCAAACUACAAAGAUUAUUGUGCAAGUUAUCGUGAAUAUCGUUUGAAUGAAUUUCAUCGACAGAUUGAAUACAUUCGACAAGGUUUAUAUAGUACUGUACCGGGUUAUUUCUUAAGUUUAUUUACAGCAAAUGAAAUUGAAGAACUUGUGUGUGGUAAAGGAGAAAUGGACGUGGAUUUCUUGAGAAGAAAUACCGUUUAUUCUGGACGUUAUAAUCAAAAUUUACCUGUUAUUCAACAUUUUUGGACAAUACUCAGAAGCAUGUUUAAUGAAGAACAAAGAAAAUUAUUUUUAAAGUUUGUUUGGGGACGAUGUACACUCCCUAGUUGUGAUGAUGAUUUUGAAACUAAAUUUCACAUUGAACCAUAUAAUCAACCUCGUGAAUUGAUUGAUAAAACUCUACCUCGAGCUCAUACAUGUACGUUUGUUCUUGAUUUACCUGAAUAUUCAACCAUUGACAUUAUGUAUGAUCGUUUGAAUUACGCUAUAACAUAUUGUACAACUAUUGAUGGCGAUGGAAAUAUGAAUGAAACCGUUGAAUUAAGUGAUUCUGAUUUGGACUCAUCAGAUGAUGAUGAUGAUGAUGAUGAAUAA